UCCAACAAUGCUGAAUUCCCCACCCCCUUCUUCUCUUCUGGCCAGAGGAGAAACAAUUCGGAGUUGAUUUUUGUAUGCAUAUGCAGUUUGACGUUUUCUCGAUUCGGUCGCGCGUUUGGAAGGGUAUGUCGUGUGGCAGAGAUAAGCUCGUUUGCGCAGCAGGGAGACCAUAGAUAUUAUGUGCAUACGUUUUUUGGGUGCUUUCUGUCGUUUCCGCGUUGAUCAGUAGCCUGGAAGACAGCAGACGGAAUUAGCCAUCAGUGGAGAAAAGAAAAAGGGAGAAUCCCAUCUCAGAUUUACAAGUGAAAAGGCAGAAUCACUUGUGCAAAAAGCAAUAUCUCUCCAGCCUCCACAGAUACAGCUGAGAGAGAGAGAGAGAGAGAGAGAGAGGGAGGGAGCAGUGAGAGAGAGAAGAGAGCUGCUGCACUGUGUCCUUCUUCACCAUCGCCAUCCACUCAUUUUAAAAAGCGUCAUCAUUGCAUGGGCCUCUUGUCCCUGCCAAUCACUCACUUCCAACCCCAUUCAUCUCUCUGUCGCCGCUCCUUCUUGAAGACCAUCCCAUUCGGCCUUGUCGUCAUUAUCGUUUGGGAAAUUUGAGGGGGAUGAGUAGAAUGACGAAGCCAGUAAUGAUUCGGUACUGUUUGCUUCUAGCCACUGUGCAGAUGGUGGGUCUUAUGGUGUCCAUGACAAGCUCGCCCUCCUCAUUAUUCGUCACUGCUCACAAGCAAGAUGCAAGACAACUUCUUUCGCGGGCCACGCUGAACAUCAAGCAGGGAGCGAGCGUGAAGGCAGUGGGAGAGAGCGGGGACGAGAAGUGCCGGGGGAUGAGCAGGCUCGGGUCGAGGCCGCCCAACUGCGAGCGCAAGUGCAGGGGCUGCGAGCCAUGCGAGGCCACUCAGAUCCCCGCGACCACCGACCGAGCGAGCGUCCAGUACGCCAAUUACGAGCCCGAGGGCUGGAAGUGCAAGUGCGGCUCUUCCUUCUACGACCCAUAAAUGCUGUCGCGCUGCAUGCGUCGCCAGCGUCAAGUCGACAACGCUCUAGUCUCCAGCAGUCAGCACGGCCCCUUCAAGUUCCGACAGGACUCCUCCGGGAGAAAGAAGGAAAGCUAUAGCCCUCGUCCAAUACAUUUCUUGUUAAAGCCAACGUUCUGCUCAUGUGUAAUUGAAGAGGAUGGAUAACUCUCAGCCCCAUCGAGGAUUUCGGUUUAUCCGGAUGCAUGCCGGCCCAAUAUAUUUCUAUUUUCGAAUUGCCAUA